UUGUCAUUGGUAGAGAGUGGAGUGUCCAGGACAGCGCAUUGGCUGCGGUGUGUGUGCAUGUGUGCGUGCGUGCGUGCGUGUGUGUCUGUCUCUGUGUGUGUUUUUCAUAAGGGUCCCAAACUAUACCGUGAUUUGGAAUAUUACAGUACAGUCGUGCACCAGGAAAAUGGCGGCUGUCAUUCAUAAUCCGCUAAAAUCGCUCGGUGACCAGUUUUAUAAGGAGGCCAUUGAACACUGUCGCAGCUACAAUGCCCGACUAUGUGCCGAGCGCAGUGUACGAUUGCCUUUCCUGGAUUCACAGACUGGUGUGGCCCAGAACAACUGCUACAUCUGGAUGGAGAAGCGCCACCGUCAGCCAGGCCAGGCAGCGGGACAAAUGUAUAGCUACCCUGCUAGAUGCUGGAGAAAGAAGAGGCGACUCCACCCUCCUCUGGAUCCCCAACUCCGGCUGUGUGAGCUUCGACUAGAAGCUGAGCUGGCCCCCAAGCGUGAGGUGCCCUCUGGGGAGGCCACAGCUUUGGAGGCCCUUCUGAGGAGCGACAGCUUGCUGGAGAAAAAAAACAAUCUCAGUAAGGAGGAGGAGACAUUGCUGGAAAUACAGAGAGUCCUGGAGGCAGAGGAGAACGGCGACGGCUUCCAUGAUGAUGAAGACUUUGAACUGGACACUCCAAAGAGGAAGAACAGAAACAGAGGCAAAAACAGAGGAUCGAGUCGCAGGAGGACAGAUCCUGUAAACAGUGACGACCAGGAUAAACCAUACGUCUGUGACAAUAGAUACAAACAAAAGCAUAACUCAAAAAAGGCUGAAGAAGUCUGUGGAAAGCGCUAUAAGAACCGACCUGGCCUGAGCUACCACUACACCCACACUCACCUGGCAGAGGAAGAAGGUGAGGAGGAGAAGGAAGCCGAGAUGCUGCCGUCUCCUGCUCACAGUAUGGACAACCACAAACCUCAGAAGGGUCCAGAUGGCGUCAUAAUCCCCAAUGACUACUGCGACUUCUGCCUGGGGGAUCAGGACUCCAACAGGAAGACGGGCCAGGCUGAGGAGCUGGUGUCCUGCUCCGACUGUGGACGAUCUGCUGGAAGAGGAGGAGUGAAGAAGGAUGGGAGGAAGAUGGGUGCUGUAGAAGAGUUGGUCGGCAACGCGUCAGACAGCGAGGCCUCUGCAUUUCAUGGCUUUAAGGAAGCAAAGCUGGAAGACAUUUUGUUAAGAAACCGGGAUGAUGAUGAUGAUGUGACUGGCAGCUGAUAUCAGGACAUAAUACGGAGUUGUGUCCAGAAACAAACAAACAAACAAAAAAACAUUUUCUGAUUUAACACUGAAGGACUGAAGCCACAGACUGGAUUACAGUGGCUCAAUGUGAAAACACCCACUCCUGAAACAGUCACUUGGAUCUAAGUCUUUUUAUUUAAAGCUGAGGCCAAAACUAUUAGCCCCUUUAGAAACAAGAAAGAGUUUUCUCUCAAGUGCUUUAAUGCAGCAAAACAAAAACACAACUUGUCGACAUGUUAGCUUCUUUUGGGGAAGCAUACUUUAUUUGACUUUGCACACGGUAGCUAUUUCAAAGAACUCUAAAAUGCCAAGGUCAAAAAUAUAAAAACCCCUUCAGUUCUAAUUGUCCAUUUUCUAAAUAUCAGUAGGAAGAAACUUCAGCCAAGUCUCACAAGAAAUCUCUGCCCAUUCUGCUUUAGCUUAAACUCAUUUAGAUUUCAUGAAGCAAGGUCUUGAAUUCAGAUGAUUCUGUUUUAACGCCGAGUGCCUGAAGUUCUCCUUUAACUCUUAUAUAUGCCACACUCUUCUUUCCUAAUAGUUUUUUCCACCAUAACUGGAUUUUAAUUUGCAAAUGCACUCAAACAUGUCACACUCAGUGACGGUGUUCCUUAGGUUAAAGCUGUCUUCUUCCUUACUCCAAACAUGGACAAGAUAUCUCUGGCCAAAGAAUUGUAACUUUGUCUCCUUCGACCAAAUAAUAUUUCCAGAAUGUGUUGAGUUUCCUCCAGAUUGUUCUGAACACUUCAGGCUGACUUGAAGGAGGAAUCUUUCUUUGGUCUUUGCCUGUACGCGGCUCAAGUUGUGGAGCUGGUCUUAAAGUCUUCACUGAAAAGGCCAGACCGGGACAUCAUUCACUCUUGGUGAAUUAGUCUUAGCGUUUAAUGUAUGGUCUUUCGGACACAUUACUUACUAGUUUUCUUUACUCAUUUUCUACUUCUGCCACUUUUGUACUGUACUGUGUGGACUUUUAAAGUUUUUAUUUCUUAUUAAUCCAGGUUUUAACACUUUUAACAGAAAUUUUUGAUAACUUUUUAUAUUUGUUUUCUGCUUUGUGAGCAUUUUCUCAAAUCAUAACUUUUUGCUUUGGUUACAAUGCCUUUUCCCUAAGUGUCAGCUCAAACCCAGAUAUGGGUUCUUACAUGGCGAAUGUAUUGAAAAAUAAAUAAAAACAUAGCUUUAACUUUAUUUUAAGGCAUUACUAGUUGACACACAUCAUUCACAUGUAGUUAAAACAUCAGCUUUUAAGGGGGCUAAUACUUUUGACCUUGGUGGGGUUUUUUGAGUGUCGUGACAUAAUUUUGUAUCUGUAUGCAAAGUGACAUAAUGUAAGCUUCCUAAAUAAAGCUUGUCUGUUCAGAAAUGCUGUGUUAAAAGUUGCUUGUUCUGUAAAAAAAAUAAGUGCUUAGGAAAUACACCACUGACCACCAAUAGCAGGAGGAGGUGGAUUUUUGCAUGGAUUUUUAAGUAAUUUCUUUAGCCAAAGAGUACAGGAAGUGAAAGUACAGUGAGAUUCAGACGGCACUCUGCUGUUUGCUGUUUUUUUGUUGUUGCAAGAAAGGAGAUUUUCCUCUUUUUAACUGUUCAGUGUUUUUUGUUAUCCAAAAAAAAAAAAAAAACCUUCUUAACCUAGAUUUUAUUCCAAAAUGACUUACAAAGCAAACAGGAAGUUAAACUUCUCAGCUCAGAAGUCUGACAUUAAUCAUCAUCUGACCACAGUUGGGAUGAUCGAAGAUAUCAAGUCUGUCUGGCUGCUGUCCUGGUCCAGAUCUAUAGAACAGUACGUCAUCCUCAUCUUUGAUUAUGGCUCAUUCAUGGCUCAAUGAUAUCCCUGUGACUCACUGGGGAGGUUAUGAUAGUGUCUAUAGUCCAGUAUGAAAUAAUAAUUUUUAAUGUUCUUCUACUUCAUGUAAAUUGAUAAAUACUUUGGAUGUCCUGCGGUAUGCGUAUAAAUCGGCCCGUCUGUUUUAAAUCCAAUCGAAAGGAAAACAUUUUUUUUUUACAACUCAACCAUUUUUUUUAAAUCUUGGCACCAGCAAUUACAGCAGCACUGGAUUUAAAUAAACCUUUUUUAAACAUUUGAUGCAAAUAAGUCAAUCCAAAGCUUUUUUUUUAUACGUUUGAAACUAUGGCUGUCAUGUAGUUUAAGAUUUUGUAAUCCAGUUAAUUAUAUUCUUUGUAAAUAAUUAUUCCACAUCAAACACUGGUUGGGCCACAGAGGUGCACACAGCUGCGUAUGUUCAUUUGAAACAAAGAGCAGAGAAAAAAAGAGAAUGGCCCAAAAGCAAAUGCAAAAUUCAGCACCUAUUUUGUUUGUUUUUUUUCUUUGCUGGUACAUUGGUGUAUGUUUUUUGAUGCUUAUUAUGUAAAUUGUGGUACUAUCUACAUUUGCACAAAACGUUUGUACAUUUACUGAUAAUGCUGCAGCGCCACCAUUCAAUAAAAAUGAACUGGACUGAUAUGAAAGGCCUGAGGAAAUUGAUUUUAUAUUUUUCAAUUGCAUUAGUUAUCAGUGGUAAUUCUACUGUACACAGAUUACCAAAGGAAACACUGUACACAGUUCAAAGGUGGUGAAACCUUCAUGUGGCCUAAACUGUAUUUGCAUCAAUGUGGCUAAAGUGCAACUACUGUAGUAACUGACCUGCAGCACAGAGGUCACACUGUGAAACCCUGUG